AUGUCCUUACAGCAGCUGAGGAUCGAACUCAUCUCAGUGGGAAUUCGGAUGUAUGGGCUGCCGGUGGAGUGUUUCACUAAACCAAUAGCAUAUCGGAUGGCUAAUAUGAUUGAAGAGCCUUUGGAGGUGCGAGCCAGUGAGAUUGAUGCAAGGAAGGCAACGUUCUUGCGAGCCAAGUCAUCUGGGAGAGAACAGUGGAUCACAGCCAGAGCAAGCCAACGUGGAGACAGAGAUAUUAUGAUUUCAAAGGAGGUGUGCAAUCAGACAAGUGAAACAGGCGGUACAUCAUGGGGACCAAGAGAGAGCUCCUUAUCAAAUGUUGUCGGCAAUGGAAGUGAUGAACCAGCUUGCAGCUACACAGGGCCAAACAGACCCAAAUUGGAGGAGUGGUACUCAGCUACAAGCUACUCAGGCAUAUACAAAUCAAGGUUGGGCCAAAGAAAACUUACCAGGAAUGGUUUUGUCUCAAACAACAUGGGCCAUCGGGCUGAGGUGGAGACUAAGAGGCCCAGUAACACGAUGGUGCCAUCUUGUCCUUUCUCGCCACUACCUUCAAUAGACUCACUGAAUUUGUAUAACUGCAGUGAAUUGCGAAGGUUAGGCCUAGGGACUGAGGAAAAAUUAGAAAGGAGAGCUGAGAUUCGUAAAGGAAAACGACCAGUUCAGUGCGACGGUGGAGCAGAUCAGAAGAUUCAGAAGAAAUAUAGGCAUGAAGAGCAGCUGUAA